AUGCAAAUUAAGAUUGUCGGUGAUUAUGAAUAAAAUACUCUAUCGUCACUUAAUCCUUCUCAUUUCAAACUCCCCCAUAUGCAUUAGUUUAGAUGGUGGGGGCCUUUACUUUUGGACCAUCCUAUACCUAUUCCUCCUUGUAGUAGAAAUUGAAAAACAAAAUAAAGAACCCCUAACAACCCCUCUCAUUCACUCCAUUUUCCUCUUACAAUUACAAACUCCCAUUAUCUCUUCUUCUUUCGCAAAUUAAUUUCCUCAUCUUCAGUUCGCCACCAUGUCAACGAAAACGACCCGUUUCAAUCUGCCGGCAAUAGCAGUAACCAUAUUCUUGGUAAUCGCCACCUUUGCAUACCCCAUCAACGGCUUGAAAUCAAGGGAGCUUGAUGAGAGUGGUGAUCAAGGCGUCAAGUGUACCCCGUCAUGUACACAAACCCCUCCUCCACCACCUCCGCCAUGCCCUCCCCCACCAUCACCACCGGCGCUGUCUCCGCCACCUACACCGAAAAAGCCGCCAACCCAUUGCUGUCCACUUCCCCCUACUCCACCAUCUAUUAUAUACACAACUGGUCCACCAGGGAGCCUUUACCCUAUUGACCAGAACUUUGGUGGUGCGAGCCGGAAUUUCCAGGUGGGGUAUUUGGCUUUGCUUUCUGGAUUCAUGCUCCUUCUGGCUUUUUGAAUGGGGAUUAUAUUAAUAUAGAUUUAGAAUUGGGAGGGUUCCUAGGAUCUUGUUCAAGAAUUUGAUAUGGUAAGAGAAAAUAAUUUGUCGGAAUAGAAAGUUUAAGGAACUAUUAGUUUCUUUACCUGCUCUAUCAUUUGAUAUUGUUCUGUAAUAACAAAUUUACCCACUUUUCAUUUUACCUCCUCAACCAAUCAAUAUAUAAAUUUGUUUGUCAAUGUUAGAAAAAUAA